UCAAGGAUCAAGCACGAUCGCUAUGCCCCCUAGAAGCCGCGAUGCCAUUGACGAGGCUGGAUCGCGAUCGAUCUCCCGGCUGGAUGGAGCGGCAUUGCAACAGACCCACAGAGAGAAAAUGCAUAGCAAAUGCUGGAGCUUUCUCCGUGGUCUAGGGUUCUUGGGUUCCAUUCCGAGGUAAGCGACCAUUCCCAAGCUCCAAUGUGGAAGUGGAAGCAACUGGGCAUCGUGCUCCUCGUUACGGCCAUGGCACUGGUGGCCGUAAAUCACGGCUUAAACACUCGACUCCAGCAACAGGGGUGCUUUGGAGAGAUUUUCAGCCGUGAUGGACAGCGACACUUCUCUUCUAGAACUUCCCGACCGCAGCGUCAAGAUCAUAGCUCCAAAGUCUAUCACAACUGGGAGCUCUUCUCCCUGGACUACGAAGAGAUGGUGAAGAGCUUCAAGGUGUAUGUGUAUCCAUUCGGCAAUUCAGAUUACUCCCAGGUUUUUCUCCCUCAUCCGGACCCGUAUGAUCGCAAGCUCGGGAACUUCUUCAGCGAGCAUAUGUUCAAGAUCAACUUGCUCAACAGCACUUUCGCGACGCGGGAUCCUGGCGAGGCACACUUGUUCUUCAUGCCGUUUUCGAUCAACGCAAUGAGAAACCAUCCCCGGAUUCGCUCCGAGGCCAUGAUCUCGAGCUUCGUGGAGAGUUACGUCGAGGAGAUCAGCCAGAGGUACAAGUUUUGGAACCGAACCGAAGGUGUGGAUCACUUUUACGUGGGGUGUCACUCGGUUGGCCGGAACGCAGCGUCCAACUCCCGGGCUUUGCAGCAAAAUGCCAUCCAAGUCACUUGCUCGGCGAACUAUUACCAGAAGCUCUACGUUCCUCACAAAGACGUCGCUCUUCCUCAAGUCUGGCCUCGACCACUUGACACUUUCAUCGUUCCACCUGAAAAAAGGACGAAGCUGGCUUUCUUCUCCGGACGAGCUCAAAACUCCCACUUGAGAGAGACGCUUCUAAAGCUCUGGUCCAACGAUUCCGACAUGGACAUCUUUGCGGGAACCAUGCAAGGCUCGUACGAGGACGCGUUAUCGCGGAGCAAGUUUUGUCUGCACGUCAAAGGCUACGAGGUGAACACCGCCAGGAUCUCCGACGCUCUCCAUUUCGGCUGCGUCCCCGUUAUCAUUUCCAACCAGUACGAUCUGCCGCUGUCCAACGUUCUCAAUUGGAGGAGCUUCUCGAUCGUCCUGAGCUACACGCAGAUCCCAGCUUUGAAGGCGAAGCUCCAGAGCGUCACGCAUGACGAGUAUGCGCGGCUUUGGUCGAAUGGCCGACGAGUUAAGAGACACUUUGGCUGGCAUCACUCUCCACGGGAAUACGACUCGUUCCAGAUGACCAUGUACGAGCUUUGGUCGAAGCGCCACUUUGUCCGGGCCCCGCUUUAGAGCUCUUCGGAUGGUGGAAGCGAAAAUGAAGAAAGAGAAGGCGUUAAGGAGGACAACUUCUCAGGCAAUGGUGCAAAUGACCAGGAGAAGAGAAAACACCAGCACCAGCCCGCUGUGCAUGAGCCAACAAAAGUUCCUGGGCUGGGUUUA